GCACCCUUCGCGAACAACGCCUAUCGGGCCAUCAAAGACGCGGAGCGCGCCUUCGGCACCGGGGGCUACGAAGCGGAAGGCUGGGAGGAGGAGAACAUCAAGGUGAAGGGAGAGUUCGACGAUUCCGAGGAGGACGAGUCCGGGUCUUCCGCUGCGGAGGAGCCAACCAAGGUCGUGGUCGCCCCGAAGCGGCGCAGGAAGGAG